AAUUGAAACUUUGUAGAAUCAAUUUCUCCUCUAUCUCUUCAGCAGGACCCCAUUUAUCAUAAUUUCCGAUAAAAUUAUAUCUAUAUUAUAUGACACGUGAUCACUCCAUUUUAUGUGCAGUCCAGAAGUGAAAAUUUGAUGCUAAAUCUUUAUUACUCAUCCCAAAAAAAUUUGAUAAAUUUAAAUUUUCACAAUAUCAGAUUUAGCUAAAUUUAUCUUAUACCUUUUUUUGUUUAUAUUACUAUUAUAAUAUUAAAGUUAAACAAGCUUAAACAUAUAUCAUGGCUAGUAGAACUCAAUUUGAAAACUCCAAUGAAGUUGGUGUGUUUGCCAAAUUAACUAACUCCUAUAGUUUAGUUGCUGUUGGUGGAUCUGAAAAUUUUUAUUCUGCUUUUGAAGCUGAAUUAGGUGAUGUGGUUCCUAUUGUUCAUACUACUAUUUCUGGUACUAGAAUUGUGGGUAGAAUGACUGCUGGUAACAGACGUGGGUUAUUAGUUCCUACUCAAACUACUGAUCAAGAAUUAAUGCAUUUAAGAAAUUCCUUACCAGACUCAGUUAAGAUUCAAAGAGUUGAAGAAAGAUUAUCAGCUUUAGGUAAUGUUAUUUGUUGUAAUGAUUAUGUUGCUUUAGUCCAUCCAGAUAUUGAAAGAGAAACUGAAGAAUUAAUAGCUGAUGUAUUAGGUGUAGAAGUUUUCCGUCAAACUAUUGCUGGAAAUGUAUUAGUUGGAUCAUACUGUUCAUUAUCAAAUCAAGGUGGUAUUGUCCAUCCUCAAACCUCCAUUCAAGAUCAAGAAGAAUUAUCAUCAUUAUUACAAGUUCCAUUAGUGGCUGGUACUGUGAAUAGAGGUUCUUCAGUUGUUGGUGCCGGUAUGGUUGUUAAUGAUUGGUUAGCCGUUGCUGGUUUAGAUACUACUGCUCCAGAAUUAUCUGUGAUAGAAUCUAUUUUCAGAUUACAAGAUGCUCAACCAGAUGCUAUUUCUGGAAACUUAAGAGAUACCUUGAUUGAAACUUAUUCAUAAGUUUGAUUUUCAACUCAAGAAAUAAAAUAAUGAUUAAUGACAUAACUAAAAGUCAUCAAUGGAUCUGAUUCCUAUACUAGAGUUGUAAUUCAUAUUCAUAUUCAUGUUCUAACUAUUUGCUGUUCUGUUCGUUGAUAAUUAUUCACUCAUCAUAUUAUAUCUUUGCAUCUUUGGUCUUCCUCAUUGAGGUCAUCAUCAUUUGUUAUCAAUUCCCAGCCUCAUAUAAUUGGGAAUCUGAUCUGGUUCUGUAUAUUAGCAAUAAUCUGAAUUCAAUUCACUGGUUAUACCCAUUCAUCUGUAACACACAUGUUAAUUUUAACUAUUAUUUUUUUUGAUUUUUUAGAUUUUUUUUAUCGUAGAUCUGUUAUAUUAUC